CAAUUUACAGCAACCUCAACAACCAAAAUACCAUAUAACAUCGGCUUCUUAAUACGACCUAAUACACUAUGUCUCCAACAGAAAAAUAGUAUAGUUUAAUUGAUUACAUAGAGCUUAAUCAAAUGCGUUGGGCUACCAAAAGAGCAGGUGGCUCCUCGCGUAAUGGUAGAGAUUCUGCAGGCAGAAGAUUAGGUAUAAAAAAAUAUGGUGGUCAAGAAGUGAUACCCGGCAAUAUUAUCGUUCGACAGAGGGGCACUAAAUUUCACGCAGGCGACAAUGUGGGUAUGGGUAAAGACCAUACACUCUAUGCACUGGAACGUGGAUAUGUCAAAUUUUACAAAGAUUCCGAACAACCAAAACGUAAAUUUGUGGGUAUCGUAUAUGAUCGCGAAGCGUCACUUCCCAUUCCUAAGAAUGAGCCCAAGCCGAGAAGGUUUGAUUUAGUUGAUUUGACUACGAUCUAAUGGCGCAAGCGUUGGGCUCAAACUAUAUGUAUAAACAAUUGUAUAUCUGCAGUUCAUAUAAACGAGAAUAAAAAACCUAUGUAAAUAAUUAGCAUCACCUCGUCAAAUAUUCACAUCUUGGCUACUUUAGAAGAAGGUGAAUGUCUCUUUUCUUAUCAAAGAAGUCUGCACCGUAAAAUUUUCGGCGGAAGACGUAUG